UGCAGUAGGCACGCCUGCACAGAUUUGCUGCUAUGUGAUGAAAUUUUCACACAAAAUAUAAACUAUAUUGUUUUGACAUUUCUUUUAUUUUUAUAUGUGUAAAAUGUGUCCUAUAAUGUGUUUUGUGUUGUGAACUUGAGUUUUUAAUUUUUUAAGUGUGAACGUAAAUAAGGAUAUAACGAAAUUAUAAACGGUGCGAGCGAUGGCGGCGUCACACAUCCUAAGCGCGGUGGAGCCGAGCGUAGGCGGCAGUGCGCGCGGAGGCCGCGAGCGCGAAGUCGGUGUAGCACUUGAUGACCGCGAUCUCUGGGUUCGCUUCCAGACUCUCACCAAUGAGAUGAUCGUCACCAAGAACGGCAGACGUAUGUUCCCUGUAGUCAAAGUGACCGCCAGUGGUCUGGAUCCAACUGCGAUGUACACGGUGCUACUAGAGUUUGUGCAAGUCGACUCACAUCGAUGGAAAUACGUCAACGGAGAGUGGGUACCCGGUGGAAAGGCCGAGGUCCCACCCUCCAACGCCAUCUAUAUUCAUCCGGAGAGCCCAAACUUCGGAGCACAUUGGAUGAAGGAGCCAAUUUCAUUUGCUAAAGUCAAACUUACGAAUAAAACUAACGGAAAUGGACAGAUAAUGCUGAACUCGUUGCACAAGUACGAGCCACGGGUACACAUGGUUAAAGUGGGUACGGACCUGCGCCGCAUCAUGACGUACCCGUUCCCAGAGACACAGUUCAUAGCAGUCACAGCGUACCAGAACGAAGAAGUCACGUCCCUCAAGAUAAAAUAUAAUCCCUUCGCGAAAGCAUUCCUAGACGCAAAAGAACGACCCGAGGGAUACUAUCAAAGAGACUUUGUUGGAACUCAUUACCCGCAACAAAGUAACUCUCCGCAUCAGUACCCACAAUUCGGCGGAUGGUUCGUUACGUCUCAAUCAUUGUACGGCAGCAGUAACACCGUGUCGAGAAGACCAGCCCCGUACCCGCCGCGACCACCUUCAAGACCUAGAACACUAUCACCGCCUUCUACAUACAGCAACGUGGAACGUUCAUCAGCGGGUGCGUCCAACGGCAGCAGCAGUUACACUUGGGCAGGUAGCGGGUAUUGGAGCGCGGCGCAGAGCAGCCCCCCGCAGCCCGCCUCGCCCGCACCUUAUCGCACACCGCCGCACGCCUACCCCGCGCCCCUCGAGUACUCGACCGCACCCGCGGCCUCGGCCACGCCGGCCUCAGCGCCUGCACCGCUCUACCCCCUCCAGUACGACGCCCCCGCGCAGCACCACUCGCCCUACUACCAACACGCAUACGCCCCGUACGCUCAUCACGCCAUAGAAGACAUUUCUUAUUGGCCAAACAGUUUGAAUACGUACGGCUAUCAACCUUCGGAAUACGUUGGCACUGGGGAAGUGGCUUACGGCACUGACGGUAUGUCCUUUGGUCCCAGUGGUCCUACACUUGAAGCAACUACUGGAGAGGGUCGCAACACACCGUCCGGUUCUGAACACCAAUCCGGAGAAAGGGAAUACAAAUUCAGUACGGAAGAAGAACGUCAUUCUCCGUGCGAGGAAACAGCGUUACCACCACGAUCACCAACGCAGUGACAGCUAAAGUUUUAUUUAUGUUUAGGUUCACCUUUGUUAAUAGACCGAUUAAAAGACCAAUUUGUUAUGGAUGCUAAUUUUACUUUAAUUACGUUACUUUUAGUUAAUAUUUGCAAACAAUGGUAAUCAUGUAGUGGCAUUUUUUAUUGAAACAAGGGCGCCCCAAGCCAAUGAUCCCGGCUAGAUUUAGGGAGACCUAGUAGUUAAAUUUGUUUUUUUUUUAUUCUAAAUGGAAUGCUUAUCAACAUGUGGUUUAUAGGAAUUGCAAGAAGUAGGUAUAGUUUUAGUAUUUCCAAGUAGUUUAUGAAUCUAUUUUCCAUUUUUGCGAUCCGCUAGGGGGGCUGGCCACCACUGCCUCUCCUAGGCGACGCCUGUAUACGUAAUCAUAUUGAAAAUACUCGUAUAUGUACUUAUAUGUGAUUUCAUUUGAAAAACCAGGAAUUAAAAUAAAUGUUACGUAGGAUUUCGAUAGUAUGGAUGUUGUUGCACAAACAUCUUGCAGAUUUUUUUUAUUUCAACUUUUAUUUUUAACUUCACAUUAAGAUCGAUAAUCGCCGGAGCAAUUCGAAAAAGACUUAACUGUCGUUUGAAAGGUGAUCGACUAAUUUUGGUAUCAUAAAAAGUAAAUAAAAUAAUCUUCAUAUUUAAAUUUCGCCACUAAGCGACAACAUCGUUGCUGUCGCUUAAUGGCUUACGCUUAACUCUUAAUGAGUAUGGCUAGCCAGCUUAGGUUACCAUAGAAUUCAUUAGUAGGUGUUAUACAAAUGGUGCUAUAAUAUUGCCAUGUCCAAGUGUCCUUUGCCUCAACUAAUUAGGAUUUAUAAUGAAAAUAAUAGGUUAAAAAAAUGUACUUAUUCUUCCGUUAGAUCUUCAAACUUGGCCUUAGGCUUGGCCAC